AUGGCUGGUCUUGUGGCAUGCAACCCAGACAAACGGCGUGAGCAUUGGGAGAAUGUUUGCACAACCAUAUUUCCAGAAUCAGGAAAAGUAGGUGCGUAUGAACUUACACAAGAGGAAGUCGGGAGGAUAGUUAGCCAUUGCUACAAUGAUAUGUCUGCUGAGAUCCAGACUUGCUCACUGUAUUUGAGCAUAUUUCCCAAGGGGUGUAAAAUCAGCAGGAAGCACUUGAUGAGGCGAUGGAUAGCCGAAGGUAUUGUCUGCGAGAAAGAUGGGCUGGGUGUAGAUGUUAUUGCGGAGACAUACUUCAAUCAUCUCAUAAGGAGGAAGAUCAUCCAACCAGUGGAGCACAACGGCAAUGGGAAGGUGAAGAAAUGUGUGGUUCAUGACAUGGUUCUUGAGCUCAUUGUGAAAAAGGCAAGUGAAGAGAAUUUCAUCACCGUGAUUGGUGGUAACUGGUUGAUGCAGCUGCCUAGCAGCAAGGUCCGUCGGCUGUCCAUCCAAGACAAUGAUUCCAAACAUGCAAAGGAUACAGAGAAGAUGAACUUGUCUCAUGUCAGGUCACUGACCAUUGUUGGGAGAUUGAAGAAACAACUCUCUUCCCAUUCGUUUGGAAUUGUACAGGUCCUGGAUCUUGAAGGCUGCAAGGAUUUCAAACAACACCAUAUAACUGAAAUAUGUGGAAUGUUUCUUCUGAAGUAUCUGAGCCUCAGAAAAACAGAUGCUAAGCAACUUCCUGAUAAGAUCGGAAAGCUUAAGAACCUUGAGACGCUAGACAUAAGGGAGACUGGAGUUGUGGAGUUGCCAAAAGCUGUAUGCCAGCUCGAAUGGUUGGUUAACAUACUUGGUGGGGAUAAAACAACACGGAAAGCAUUGAAACUUCCUGAAGAUUUGAAGAAGAAAAUGAAGGCACUAAAGAUACUGUCAGGCAUUGAGAUUGUGGAGAAAUCAUCUGACCUUCGUCAUUUGACCAAGCUUAGGAAGAUUGCUAUCUACAAGCUGAAAACUUUGAAGAGUGAUCCGACUUUAGAGGCGUUAAGGUCUUCUAUCGAGUACCUAGGUGGCUGCUCUCUGCAAACCCUCAUUAUUGAUGACGAAUCAUCUGAUUUUGUCAAAUCACUGGAUGGUUUGUCAUCCCCUCCAAGAUUCCUUGUUGCCCUUGAGUUAUCUGGAAAGAUGAUUAAGCUCCCAAACUGGAUCACCAAACUGAGUGCUCUCAACAAGUUAACCCUCUCAUUGACAGCUCUCCGGACAGAUAACUUGGAGCACCUGAGUAAACUAGGCUCAUUGUUUUCUCUCACCUUCUGUAUUAGGGCCAAUCAACAAGACCGAGAAAUACUAGCCAUUGUUGCGGAAAACAAGAUGUACUCCAAGGGGGUGAUCAUAGUACCGGCUCAAGGAUUCGAGAGUCUAAAGCUCCUGUGUCUCUCUGGUCCUCUAUUGCCAAUACUGAGAUUUUCAAGUGUGGCCAUGCCAGAGUUGGAGAAGGCUUGA